AUGUCAGGGGCUCUUGAAGGCAUGGCGAGCUCCAUCCUCGAAAAUGCGCCGGAUCUUGAUGCCAAAGGCGGAUAUCAAUCAGGAAGUGUCACAGGAUUACCUGCAGCCGAGAGUGGCCCGGACAGAGUUGCAUCUGGCACAGUCUAUGCUGAUGUGGGUCCAGAUGAGCUGCAAAAUCCCUAUCCGGACUCGGAUGGUGAGGGCGAGCAAAGUGAGCGGCUGUCCGACCCUGACGCUGGAAGCGAAGAUUCUCUGAAGAGCGACGAUCCGAUGGACGAGGAAGUGGAAGACAUGGAUGCGUUUGAAGAUCCCGACGACGUCGACCAGGAAGAGGUUGGUGUCAAGGAUGAGAUCCUGCUUCUGGCUGGAGUGGACAUUGAAACAGAACCUGGACCUGACAGCGAGCAAGCUCGAGCUACGGAGUCCUCCCCAGUGCUGGCCCCCCCUGUCGAUGGCCCUGAGGUGCAUGACGAAGCUUCGCCACUUCAAUGUCCCUUUGAUAGCUACCCCGACCAGAACCUGCCUCCCAAGACCGGCAUUGCAAUCCCCAUGAUGGCCGCCACCCCGACCUUUGUUCGAGGGGUGCCUGAAGAGGCCGAGCUGCUGUACAUCCCGCCAGAGAGCCUUUUCGACGAUAUUGUUAAGGCUGAAGCAGACAGGAUCUCUCGGCCGGAGAACGUGCGCAACCGAAUUGUGUACGACAGCGUCGGCGACCCAAACCAGGUCGAGCCGUGCUCCUUCGUGCCAGUCUCGACGGGAGUCCCUUUGCAGGAUCCUCUGGGAGGCACUUCGGGCACUUCGGGGUCGCCUCUGAGCUUUGUGACGCCCUACUACACACCGACAGGACCCGAUGACCGCACACUGGUCUUCGAAAGCCGCUUCGAAAGCGGCAAUCUACGUCGCGCAGUGCAGGCAUACGAAUUUGAGUAUGACCUCAUUCUGAACCCGGACUACAAUACCAAGUCCCACACACAAUGGUACUUCUUCCGCGUGGGCAACACGCGCAGGGGACCCGAGUAUAGGUUUAACAUCCUGAACAUGGUCAAGCCGACGUCCGUGUACAAUGAGGGUAUGCGGCCACUCCGCUACUCAUCCAUUGAGGCAGCUGCGAAAGGUGUUGGCUGGGCCCGCUGCGGCGACAGAAUCGCGUACUAUCAGAACGGUCUGCGCAGGCAGAAAGGCGCCAACUACUACACCUUGACCUUCACAGUGACUUUUGAGCACGACUGUGAUGAAGUCUAUUUCUCACAUUGCUAUCCCUAUACAUACACCGACCUUCAACUGGACCUCAGGGCUUUGGAGAAGGAUCCGAACAUGGUGCGACGCUUUCGGCGCAGGAAGUUGUGCGACACCUUGGCGGGCAAUGCUUGUGAUUUGAUAACCAUCACGUCUUUCUGUGGUGAUCCGGCGGCCUUGAAAGCCCGGCGGGCUGUAGUUAUCACUGCCCGUGUCCACCCCGGAGAAUCCAAUGCGUCCUGGGUCAUGAAAGGUAUUCUAGACUACCUUACUGGCGCAUCGGUGGAUGCGAGAAUUCUACGCGAUAACUUUGUUUUCAAGAUUGUUCCUAUGCUGAAUCCAGAUGGUGUGAUCGUCGGGAACUACAGAUGUUCUUUGGCAGGUCAGGACCUGAAUCGUCUCUGGGAUGAGCCAAGCAGGAAGAUGCAUCCCACGAUCUUCUUCACAAAGAGUAUGUUCCGCCACUUGCUUGAUGACAGAGACGUCAUCUUGUAUGUGGACAUUCACGGGCACAGCCGGAAGAAGAAUGUUUUCAUGUACGGAAACAGCGAGAACAAUGGGCUGCGUGAGAAGAUCUUUCCUGGUCUGCUCUGCCGGAGUUCGGAUUGCUUCAGUUUCGAUGACUGCUGCUUCAAGAUCCAGAAGAGUAAGGAGUCCACCGCCCGGGUCGUCACCUAUCGGGAGCUGGGGGUGGUGAACUCCUACACGCUGGAAGCGUCCUUCUGCGGCGCGGACUUCGGCCCACUGGGCGAGCAGCACUUCACAACCCGGCAUCUAGAGGAGAUGGGCUACAUGCUCUGUGACGCAAUUCUCGACUUUUGUGACCCCGACCAGGGAAAGGUUAUGCUGGUUUGCAAAGAACUCCAGGUUCUAUUUCCGGAUGAUGGGAAUUCCGAUGACGUCUCUGACUCUGAAGAUGAUGGGGCAGCUGCCCUGCGCCGGAAGAAGCGGGCAGCCCGUAAGGCAGUUAAGCAAAGGGAGAAGCCCCAGAAGAAGAAGAAGCCAGCCAAAAGCGACGGACGGGCCAAACUCGAUUCGGAGGACAUGGUGGACGACGACCGGCGUCAGAAGGAGGGCAAGGACAAGUCCGCGCGCCGCAAAGUUCGCCGUGACCCAGAGGACUCCACCGCAGCUGCCGGCUCCAGCAGCAUGGUACCAGAGAUGUCAGACGAAGAUGCCAAGGGCAAGCGGAAGAAACCCAAGAAGAAAGCUGCCAAAAGCCGGGCAAUCCCAAGGGACAAAGAUUCCAAGGUGGAGUUUGGGGAGACCAGAACGGCGGCUAACAUGGCCGUCGGGAAAACAAUAGUGCUUCCUGCCAGUGCGACAGAAAGCGGGUUGGCCGACACAAAGGUGCACUUCUCGCAGCAUGUGAUCUACCCCCUGUUUUCCGACGGGCACUCGGUGGAUGAUGCAGUCAGGGAAAUAGAGGCAGAGGAGGCUGAAGAAAGUGCCGAUGAGGUCAGGUUGGAGGCGCCAUUUCCUCGAAUUCAGGCAGUUCGAUGGUGCCCAAAGCUACGUGAUGGCGAGGGAAAGCCCGUCCUAGAUGAGAAGGGGGAAGAACGACGAGGUGUUGAGGGCCUCUUCACGCUGGACAAUCGACGACUCUAUGCACUGCAGAGAGCAGCCGUCGCCCACUAUCCCAGGACCUCCAAGAUCACUGUGGAAGAGGUAACAAAUCGCUGGGAGGUUACGCAGCAUGUGAAGAAAUUCCGAACACGGACCAACGGUUUGUCCAUCUUCAUCGCAGAGUGGAACGGGACCAGCCGGAACAACACCAGGAAUUCUGAAGUGCUCCGAGUGUGGGACUGGAGGUCAGCCAUCUCGAAGAUAGAUGACGAAGGAGGUGCCGGAGGUGACCGCGCAGCCGAAACGGGAAGCUGUGGCUGCUGGGAGUACUUGGAUCCUCAAUCAGUUUGCCGGGGGCCUUUCAGCAACGCUUUGAUGCAGCAGUGGUGGGAGCACCAGAUGCUUCCGCCAGACCUGGAAAUCCGGCCGUUUGAACGCAAGGAAGGUCAUGCCGAGCAGCCAUUCAGGCCAGUUGCAGAAGUCUUUGCUGACGCGCCGAAGCCGUUCGCACCAGGCUGGGUGCCGCAAGUGGCGAAGGAGGAAUGUGGAUUCCAGACGUGUGCCGAGUGUGGUCGGCAACGACUGGAGGGUUGGAGCGCGAGGGGCGAGUGGUACUGCUCUAAUUGCUGGAGGAAGUGGCAGUCACGGUGA